GUAUAUACCCACUCCCCUCCCACUGGUUCUCACCCAAAUCCAACUGAGCAUUCUCAUCUCUUCUCUGAAAUCAGCUUUAAUUUAUUGAGAGCUAUUUUAAACAUUCCUCUUCUUGGAAGCUUAGAUACUGACAAUAAAAGUCCAUUCUUUUUUUGAAGCAAAUAUGAACUCUUCUUCUUACUCUUCUGGGCUAAUCGCAGCUGCUCUGUUCUUCCUUCUCUUUGGGUGCACACAAGCCAGAACGCUUGUGGUCGGCGGCAAAAAUAACACCUGGGCAGUCCAAUCUUCUUCUUCGCUGAAUACGUGGGCCAAAAAAGCCCGCUUCGUCGUCGGUGACAUUCUAGUGUGGAAAUCCGAGAAGGAAGGGGACAAGGUUGUGCAAGUGGAGAGGGAGGACUACGAGAGAUGCAACGCAUCAAAGCCCAUUAGUUCACAAAGUGGGCUGAAUGCCAGUGUUGUGUUGGACCACUCUGGCCCAUUCUACUUCAUCAGUGGAUCCGAGGAGAAUUGCAAGAAGGGGCUGAAGUUGACCGUGGUGGUUCUGUCUGAGAAGCACGCCGGGAAGGUGGCGUCUCCGGCGCCCGCUCCGGCACCUGCUCUGGACGACCUUCCGGCAGUCGCCCCCACCACCGGCGCGGCAGCUCUCUCCGUCAGCGUACGGGCGGGUUCUCUUGUGAAGGGGCUUUUUCUGAUUUAUCUUUUUUUUUGGUGCGUGUAAUCCAAUAAUCAUGAUGGUUGGAUUGUAAUGUUGGAUCGGUUUCAAUUUCAUUCAUUUCAUUGGUUUGUUAUUUUUGGGAUCCCAUAUGAUAAUAAUAAAUUCUUUCAUUCAGUUUUACUAGAAGCCAUUAUUGCGUUUUCUUAUUUGAAAUUCUUAUUCCAAUAACACUAGUUUUAGUGCCAACCGAAGUGCA